AUGACCACUAUCCUCGUUGUUCCUGGUGCCUGGGUUACUCCGGCUUUCUACCAUCCAUUUAUCCAUGCUCUCACGGUCGCUAGCUACGAUGUCCACUAUGCGGGCUACCCCUCAUUAAACCCCAAAGAUCCGCUCGUCGCCAAUUGCCAGGCCGACACUGAUGUCGUUUCCGGCAUCCUCCAGUCCCUAGUGGAGGAUGAAGGCAAAGAUGUUCUGGUUUUUAUGCACUCCUAUGGCGGCAUGCCUGGCUCUGCGGCAGCUAGCGGCCUAGCCAAAUCGCAGCGGACGCAAGAGGGCAAAACUGGUGGCGUGAUUGGACUACUAUUCCUUGGCGCCUUCGUCGUGGCAGAAGGUCUCAGUUGUGCCGGUCUCCAGGGCGGGGAACUGCCCCCCUGGAUCUUGCUCGAUCAGCCCUCUGCGAAUGUCAAUAUCGUGGAUGACCCUAUUGGCAACUUUGCUGCCGAUGUCGAUGCAGACUUGGCCAAGUCCUUGAUCAAAUCAAUCAAGCCGCAUUCGAAUUUGGCUUUCACUUCGCCCCAGCCCCAUCCGGCCUGGGCGGACGAGGCGUUCAACGACCGCUUAGCCUUUAUCGUAACCACUGAGGAUGUUGCGGUGCCAAAGGAGGCGCAAUCCGGGAUGAUGGCCGCCACAGAGAAGGCGUGGAUCGUCAAGGAAAUCGCGUCCAGUCACUGCGCGCCGUUCCUUAAUCGGAUCGACGAGACAGUGGGACUGAUCCGGGAGAUCAUUGACCAAUUCCUAUAA